AUGCCUGAGAUUGCAGAAGUGGCACGCAUUGUGCAUUUCUUGAAGAAACAUGCUGUCGGAAAGACUAUACAAGCGGUGAAAACCCAGGAAGACAAUAUUGUCUACGGAAAGGUUGGAACCUCUGCAGCAGCCUUUCAAAAAGCCAUGUCCGGCAAGAAAAUUCUAGAUGCACGCCAGCAGGGCAAGUACUUCUGGCUGGUCAUGGACACGGCACCGCACCCCCUGAUGCAUUUUGGCAUGUCUGGCUGGAUGAAGUUCAGCAACGACGAAACAGCAUACUACCGCCCAACCAAACCCGAGGAAGCAGAGUGGCCACCCAAGUACUGGAAGUUCAUUUUUCAGUUGCAAGGAGAACCCAAAAACGAGGUUGCCUUCGUUGACGCAAGACGACUGGCUCGAAUAAGACUGGUAGAUGCUGCUGCGGAAGAUAUGAGGAAGACGACUCCACUGAAAGAGAACGGCCCCGACCCAGUUAUUGACAAAGACAUCUUGACCGUUGAAUGGCUGGGUAAGAAGCUGAAGAGUAAGAGAGUGCCUGUGAAAGCUCUACUGUUGGAUCAAGCCAACAUCUCAGGCAUAGGGAACUGGGUUGGCGACGAGAUCAUGUUUCAAGCCAAACUGCACCCAGAGCAGUAUAGCAACACCUUCAGCGACGAACAAGUGAAGCGUCUAUAUGACGCGAUGAUGUACGUCUGUGACACGGCCGUGCAAGCCAAUGGAGAUUCGGACAGUUUUCCUCAAGACUGGCUCAUGAAGCAUCGUUGGGGAAAAGGCAAGAAAGAGGCAAGCAAACUACCGACCGGCGAGAAGAUUACAUUCCUCAAGGUCGGUGGUCGGACUUCUGCCAUCGUUCCGAGUGUUCAGAAGAAGACAGCAGCUGUUGCUGGUGACGUUUCCGACAACGCAGAGGCUGAAGACAGUGAAGCGGAUACGAAGCUUAAGAAGAGCAACAAGAGGAAAGCUCAAGCAGUUAAGGAGGAAGAUGAGGAAGUUGAGGAGAAGGCACCUGCUAAGGCUAAAGGCGGACGUAAGACUGUGAAGGAGGUUAAAGAAGAGACAAAAGAUGCUUCUGAAGAAGCACCAGCAAAACCGAAGCGUACUAGCAAGAAGGUCAAAGAACAAGUCAAAGAGGAGACUGAAGCAGAGACUGUUGGUGAAAUUGAGGAGGAACAGCCCGCCAAGAAGCGAAAGACGACUGCUAAUGGCACAUCAAAGAAGAUGAAGACUCCCGCCAAAGAGGAGAAACCGAGUGAAGAUACAACAGGAAAGCGGCGGUCAGGACGCUUGUCCAGGUAA